GGCGUUGAGGACAGAAAGGCCAUCUUGUGCCUUGCUGUGGGGUCGUAGACACAGGCGUUGAGGACAGAAAGGCCAUCUUGUGCCUUGCUGUGGGGUCGUAGAACGCGAAAAGCGGCCCGACACAGCGGGGGUGCUACGGCCCACCUUGGCUACUGCGGCGUGGCACGAGAGAGAGAGAGAGAGCUACAUCCCGCGACCGGGAAACAAACACUGGGGGUUGAUUUGCAAAGUAGACACGCUCGAGGAGCUAGCUCGUGGUGCGGAAGGAAAACUCGCGGAGGUUAGCUGAAGGGGGGCAGUGAAGGCAUAAGGCGGCGAUGUCUGCGUCUAUCGAACAGCGCAAUCAGGAUGCCACCUGCUACACUGGCAACCUCGACUCCUCCGUAACGGAAGCGCUGCUGUGGGAGCUGAUGAUCCAAGCGGGGCCCGUGGCGAACGUUCACAUGCCCAAGGACAAGAUCACGGGAGUCCACCAGGGCUUCGGAUUCGUCGAGUUCCGUAGCGAAGACGACGCGGAGUACGCCAUCAAGAUCAUGAACAUGGUGAAGCUCUUCGGGAAGCCCCUUCGCGUCAACAAGGCUUCCCAGGACAGAAAGGCGAACGACGUGGGAGCAAACCUUUUCAUCGGGCAGCUAGACCCGGACGUGGACGAGAAGAUGCUGUACGACACCUUCUCCGCCUUCGGAUUCAUCACGCAGACGCCAAAGGUCAUGAGGGACCCGGACACGGGCAUGUCCAAGGGCUACGGCUUCGUCAGCUAUGACGGGUUCGAGGCGAGCGAUAAGGCGAUCGAGUGCAUGCACAACCAGUACCUGUGCAACCGGCAGAUCUCGGUGCAGUACGCCUACAAGAAGGACACUCGGGGGGAGCGGCAUGGUGGACAGGCGGAACGGCUCCUGGCCUCCAACAACCCCAGCAAGUUCAAGGUGCACACCCUGUUCUCCGUGGCUCCCGGGAAGAUCGAGGGCUCGGCGCCCGCGGCCGGCGGGAACGGGGGGAUGGGAAUGGGAGGGGCUCCGCCGCUGCCUCCUCCUCCUCCGGGUUCCAUGCCGCCGCUGCCGCCCCUUCCCCCGGGGAUGCCACCGCCGCCUCCCCCGUCUCCCGGAAUGCCUCCCCUGCCCCCCGGAUCGAUGCCCGCUUUCAUGACCUCUUCGGGGGGCCCGCCGCAGCCGCCGCGGGGGGGGGGAGGGAUGCCCCGGGGGAUGCCGCCGCCACCGCCCCCUGGGUACGGAAGGGGUUACCCGCAGCACAUGGCCCCGCAGCACAUGAUGCCUCACGGCGGGAUGGGGCCUAACAUGGGCAUGCCGAUGGGGAUGCAGCAUGUACGGAGGCCCGCCGCCGCCGCCGCCGCCCCAGCAGAUGAUGGGCAUGCCCCCGCCGCCCCCGAACCUAGACAUGGGUCGCCCGCCCCCGCUCCCGCCGAGCCAGCAGCCGCCACCGCCACCCCCCGCAUCGCCCUCCCCCGCGUCAGCGCCACCGCCGCCGCCGCCGCCCUCGGCGGGUAG